AUGGACAAAUACUCUAUGGCACUGAAAGAUGUUAUGGAACUUAUUGAGAAGGAGGGGAAUGAUAUGGUCGCCAGCUUUCGGGACAGCAAGAGUCGAACGUUGCUACACCUUGCAGCUCGCAAAGGCAAAGCGGAUAUCUGCUCAUAUCUAAUUAGUGAAGUUGGCAUCGAUGUGAAUGCUGCCUAUGGUAAAGGUCAAACAGCAUUGAAGAUAGCUACAGAUAAAAGUCAUAUGGAAACUGUUGAAUGCCUGCUCAACAACGCGGCCGAUCCAUCUGUCCUGAAUAUUGGGCCAACUAUACUGUGUAUGGCUGCAAAGUUUGGAAGAUUAGGAAUAAUGAAGCUUCUACUUGACAAGGGAGUUAAUGUUGAUGCCAAAGGCUUUGAGGGUACUGCACUUGCGUGUGCUGCUAGGUGCAGACAAAUAUGUGCAGUCAAGUUUCUCAUAGAACACGGUGCUAAGGUGCAGCCAGAACCAGAGUUCAAUUCCGUUCAUGAAGUCACACCUCUAUCUUGUGCUGUCUCCUUCGGUUCAUUCGAGUGUUUUGAUCUUUUAUAG